CAUCCCUGCAGCUCUCAUCCCUCCAGUUCCAUCCCUCCACUUCCAUCCCUCCAGUUCCAUCCCUCCAGCCCUCAUCCCUCUGGCUCCCUGCGAAGGAGGAGCAGCAGCCGUGGGGAAGAUGAGCUGCCACAGGUACCCCGUGAAUGUGAAGGCUGUCGGCUUCAUGCAGUGCAGAAAGCAGAAGAACUACAUGAUGUUUGUGUCCUGGUCAGAUCAGAACAACAUUCUCAUCUACAGGACAUUUGAAGACUUUAAGAAAUUCCAUAAAGAGCUGAAGAGAAAAUUCCCCACUGAGAGUGGGUCACUGAGGAGUUUACCCAGGUUUAAAGGUAUAACUAUGCAGCAGAGGAAGGGUGGGAAGCUGAACAGGUGCCUGGAGAUCCUGAAACUGCUGGAAACAUAUUCCCAGGAGCUGCUGAAAACGGAUGUGAAAAUCUCCCAGGGGGAAGAGGUCAAUCAGUUUUUCAAGGCACAGACUCAAGACCUUGAUCCCUCCUUCCCUGAAAACAGUGUUGUGAUCAUGCCAUCAGUGUUCAGAAGGGAGAAGAACCCCCAGCCCCUCUCCAUCACCCUCCCUCAGGCGUCGCAGAGCUACCGCUGCAUCGAGGCCUUUGAAACCAAAGACACAAAGAACAAACCCUUCACUGUGGCUCAGAAGGAGAUUGUGGAAGUGCUAAUCAAGGACAUGACUGGCUGGUGGCUGGUGGAAAAUGCAGACAAGCAGAUAGCCUGGUUCCCAGCCUCGUACCUGGAAGAGCUUGAUGCCUGUGAGGACAUUCAGACUGCUCUCAGCUCAAACGAGGAGGGCAGCCUGUACUUUGUGGUGCAGGCCUACGAGGCUCAGAAGGCAGACGAGCUCUCGCUGAACCAGGGGGUGGUUGUGGAGGUGCUCAGGAGAUCCCACGACGGCUGGUGGCUGAUCAGGUACAAUGGCUGCACUGGCUACAUGCCGUCGCUGUGCCUCAGGCCGUACCAGAACCCUCACCACAAGCUGCAGACCAUGCUGAGCUGCAUGAACGCCUCCACGCCCAACCUGCGCUCCCCAGAGCCCGUGCCCCGGCCCGGCCCGGCCCCGGCGGGGCUCAGCAGCUCUCACAGAAGCAGAUCCUGCUCUCUGCCCAGGGCCAGCUCCACCCCACGGCUGCACCAGGAUCUGGACAGCUCUUUCCUGAGCUCGGGGAGCAGCAGUGCCGGGGACUGGAAGCCCGACUUGUCGCGAUCGCUGCCCGAGGUGGAGCAGGCCCGGAGCUCCGCUGGCCCGGCCCCGCGCAGCGGCAAAUCCCCGCAGCUCAGUGCCAGCCGCAGCAGCGACUCCGGCUUCGUGGAGUCCUCCUUGUCCCUCGCUGACCCCGAGCUGGCCACCGCUGUCCCCAAGGUGCCAGCCCGGCCCUCGGCCCACGAGAUCCUGCAGCGCUGCAGCACCGUCACCAAGCGCGCCCUGCAGCAAUCGGCCCCGCGGCCCGGCCUGCCCCUGCCCGGCCCCGGCAGGAGUUAAUGUCCCUGGGCAGGGGACACACAGCCCAGGGUCCCUGGGCAGGGGACACACAGCCCAGGGUCCUUGGGGAGGGAACACAGGGACAGCCCUGGCACCCCAGAGUCCCUGGAGAGGGGACACACAUGGGGACAGCCCUGGCACCCCCACUCGCUGGAGUCCCCUGGGAGCCGUGGGCAGCACCAGAGUCAGAGUUUGGGACUGUCCCUUCCUGAGGGACACAAACACAUCCAACCUCCCUGAGCAGCUUUAGGGUUGGGGACUGUCCCUUCCCAAGGGACACAAACACAUCCACAGCUCCCUGGGCAGUCUCAGGGUUGGGGACUAUCCUUUCCACAUCCACACCCCUCCUGCUGCAGCUUCCCCAGGGAGCUCCUGGGAGAGAACUGAACGAGGUCAGUUUUUGAUUUUUUUACUUUUGGUGUUGGUUUGGGGAUUUUUUUUUAUAGGUUAGUGGAGAGGCCAUGAAAUAAAGGAAGAGCUGGAUCUGCUGAAUAGUUGUGAGAAUAAAAAACCUGUUGGGGAGGAACCUCAUCCCUGUUCCCUCCAGCCAUGUCUGUGCAGGCACAGGAACACAACCAGGGGAGUCACAGCUUUUGUCCCAACAGGGAAUGGGAACAGGGAAUUUUCAUGGACAAAACAUUCCUCUUUCCAGGGGACUGGGUAGUUACUGAAACAACAAUUCUAAUCCUAAACUCUUCUGCUAGAAAUGAGUUAGAAAGAGAGUUAUAGGAAAAUUAAGACUUUUCUCUACACUGAUGGCUUUAAUUGUACUUGUUUUCCCAGGUAUCUGUUAAUAUUUUUAUAAGAACUUUUGAGUUUUUGUAUUGUUUGAAUUUUAUACAUUUG